AUGGGAUUUUUGAGUGGUGUGCUUGAUGCGGUGAAAGAUGAUGAUGCGGUUAAAACGUAUGAUAAAGAUGAUGAUAAUAACAUUAAUACAGUUAUUAAGAAAUUACAAUCUCAAAUUGGCUCCGGGCGUGAAGGGCUUGUGGAUGCUGUCGGCGCGGUGAAGGGGUGGUUGGAGGGGUAUGAUGCUACCUUAACUGAAAAAACGGAAAACGUAUUAGGGCCUUUGAAAAGUAUAGAUAGAGAUAUAGAUGAUCACAAAACAUUGUUAGACACUUUGAAAAAUAGAGAGUAUGAUGCUGUUGCUCAGCAGUUGAUGCAAUGGGCUGACUCUGUCAAUAGCUUAGUGACACAACCCAAAUCAUCUUUAGAUUCACUUAGAGACUUAGAUCCUAACCUCAAAAAUAAGUUAGAAACCAACGUCCUCGUAAUUUUUAAUAGUGUUAAUACAUUUGUAGAAUCCACGAAACUUGACUAUAGCGACUUGGUGGCGGUAGCCAGUAGUGUCGAUAGAGACCUUACAACGCUUCAAAGUCAGAUUAGUAGCACAGUUACAGAACAGGUCAAUGUACUUAAGGAAACGGUGACUAAGGGUAUUGACGGUCUUCGUAGGCUAGUAAAAGAAGAACUUGAGAGGAAGGUUAAGCUUUUGACUGACACAGUCUGGAAGUUGCACAUUGUUCGACAAAACAUUAAGAAGUCCGUUGAUGUAAUUAAUGUAAAAUUUGAUAAGAAAAGCACCUCUCCAAAUACAGUGCCUGGGGCCGUGAUUUUGGCGAAUGGCAUUCACACGGCAGCUCAGCAGAUCGAAGGUAUAAAUAAGCUCGGUGGUUUAUGGGCAGACAUUGAAGCGGCGCUUAAGAGGUUGACUGGUGAAAUUGCAAAUGGUGAUGUCGCGGGUGACCAUUCUGGUAUGCUGUAUGAAGUUGUAGACGGUGUAAAGCUAUAUGCUAAAAUGUUCGUAUCGCAAUGUCAGGAGGCCAUUGACGAGAUGGUUAGCAAGAUUGUUACGAAUGAUGGAGACAGAGGGUAUAUCUUCACGUACGUUGGCGGUCUCAAAAGGGAAAAAGUAAUUACAGGUCCACUUAGCGGUAAGGGGACUACUGAAAUUGCUCCUCAGGUAGCACAUUUUGUUCAGAGCGCAAUUACGGAUGCACUAAAAAAAAUGCCAAAACUUCCUAUGCAACUUGGAUCAAACACCACAGUAGACGGUAAUCUCUCCGAUAUUAGAAAUUAUCUUGUCAAUUACGCGAAGCAAGUAAUGCUUCAGGAGACCAAUAUAGUUUUGGCCGUCGAGAAACAAAUGGAAGAAGAUCCGGAGUUUCAAGCCUCAAAUCCAUUUGGAUCUGGAUACAGGUCAUAUCUCAGAUGGAGUGUGGAUGCUGCGCUCACGGCGGUGUAUUUGGCCGUUACGGGUGUGGCUGAGGAACUCAAUAAUUUCAUAAUAACUACUCAUGUUGGUUACAUAGCGACUGCAAUAACUGAGAUUACUGGUCUUGGAAAGAAACUUCAGCCAUUAGUCGAAAAUCAUAUAAAUCCAAUUAAAAAUAUGGUCUCCACCGACGUUACUCUUAAGGCUAAGAACCUCAGCGAUGGUCUAGCGUAUAUUAUUGACUCAAUUAGUAAGGAGAUUGAUACCAUUAGCAGUAUUUUAGAAGACAAAAAAGACAGAAAAAAUACAGAUGACAAAAAACUCGUAGGUGUGAAGAAUCAGAUUGAUAAGAAGGUCAACGAUCUCAACCAACAAGUGACCUCUACCCUUGAUGCACAAGUUAGUGCAUUAAAAGAGGACACGCUAGAGAAAGCCACUAAUCUCUGCCAAACCACAAUCACCUCAAAAGUUACCAGCGAAAGUGCCACCGCCAAGAAAAGCAUUAAACACGAGGCCCUGAGAAUGUUUGCGGACACCAAAGAGAGAGAGUUCGAGGUGCUCAAAGGAUUGGUCACUGAGAAAAAUGCAGAGAUUGAUGCCAUUAUUCAGAAAGAUUUGGAGAGCGGACUGAAAGGGAUGAUAGGCAAAAUGAAGGCGAAUGACACCUAUCUCGACACUCUGCAAACGCAAACGGAACUACGAACAGCUACCCCCCAAGUCAGAAUGUACCUAGAUGUGCUGCUCCAAUACGUCGAAGAUCAAGUUAGAAUCUCAACCGCACAGCAAACGAAGAAAGACACUGUUGCGUCCACCAAAAUCGCUGACGUGAAAGCCGUGCUCGGCCUCCUGCUCGACGACCUCUCCUCGAAUCACUUUGAUCAUACAUUCUCCCGUAAUCUCGUUGAUUUUACUAACUCACUUAGCGCACUGCAACCAUCUAAGUUUACUGGCCAUAAUCAUCCGGAGUUGCCUGAUGCCAUGAGAGGUGGACUUCGGAAGCUUGUAGGUGAACUUGGGAGGGCGUAUGUCAGUAGGUACGAUGGCUCGCCGGCAAUCACCGAUUGGUUGUUAAAAGACCCUAAGCAGCAAAGCGCUCAAAAAGCACAGGACUCCGAUCAAAAUAUGAUUCUGACGACAAAUGGGAAGAAUUGCGCGAAGGUGUUUUUGACGUGCGUGACGAUGCUUUUUAAUGAGUCGCAUCAUUUGUUCUACCACGGCGGUAAAGAGUGGCGUAAAAUUCGUGUACAAACGAAAACUGAUAAUGAUGUGAAUGACCUACAGAAAUAUUUACUAAAAUCCGGUUACCAAAUUCCGAGUCUCAUCAACGAAAACAACACCGGUCGAGAUGUCGCGGUGCGUUUAAGUAGAGUGUUCAGAAAUCAUGGUGAAUUCAAUAGAGAGCCUACCGACUUUAAAUCUUGGGAAGACUACAAAGAGUACUAUAGACACGGUAAAGGUAUUCUAUUGAAACUGUUCACCCACCUAAACGAAUACUACGAAGUCUGCCACUACGGUACCAUGUUCGCCACCAAGCAACCGUCGAGCGUAUACGAAAUGCUGCUAUGGUUGUCCGGUUUUCCAUACAAUCCUGUCUACCAACCGUUGUCAUUUAACGGAUUCAGUGAGCUGUUUGAGAAGGAGGAGAACAACGCUGCUAACAGUGAGGGGGACGAAAUCUUGCUUGAAACCGACGACGCCGAUAGUCUGCCUGCCUACCCGGAGAACAUCACCGUUGGAGGAAUAUCAGGCAUACUGACGGAAGUAUGCCAUCAGGCUCACGACGUACUUACAUCUAUACUUGGCCAUGGACACGCGGACGGAAUAUAUGCGGUGGACUUCAACACCAAUUCUCAAGGGUUCUCGUAUCCCUCUCGCUACGGCCAAUGCAUUGAUAUGCUGGUAGACAUCUUGCAUCGUCUUUACCAACAGCUCUACUUCGUAUACUGCCAAUGCUGCAACGACGAAAUCUGUUCCGGGUGGCGGGGUUGUUUGUAUGGCAAUGCAAUCGGUGGGUCAGAUUGGAAGUGCAACUCAAAGCAAUGCGCUGACCAAAAGUGUAACCAAAAGGUCAACCAAACGUGUGAGUUACACCCUAAGUGCGGUGUAAAAUCCCCGUUACAGUCAUACUUAGAGGAUGGUUUGCCGGGUUUUCUACCACACCCAUUUAAGAAACCAGGUUGUAAACUAGAAUGCACUGUGUCCAACCAUCGCGGCAUACCGUGUAAGACGCCAAUGGGCUUUACAGAUAUAAGCACUAUGGCAUCGCAUACUCAGAUAGGUGAACAUCUUAGGAAGGUGCUUGCAGAAUUUUGUGGAAAACAGGGUAGUCCACUUACGAAACUUUGUGGUUACUUCAACUGUCUGUUACAAACGCCUCCGCAGACUCUCGGCGAUAUGUUCGCCUUUUACUACAAUUUCACCAAUCGCUGGAGCAUGGGUAAUAGCGAGCAUAGGGAAGCAGCAUUCAACACUGCGGUGAACAAUGCAAACUUUGGCGUUAAUUAUGAAGAGCUAAAGGUUUACUACAUAUUUUCCUUUAGUCACUCAGAAGCGUGGACGGGGCAUUCUGCUGGUAGCCUGGGAAGUCUCGUAUGCUUAUCAAGGGAAGCCGUCGUAUGCGGUCCUUAUCUGCGUCCCAUCAGUAACGCCAUCUACGAGACGUUCUCGUCAAAACACGCCGAUAAGUACUUGUCGUGGAUUGUCUAUCUGACGGCGACGUUCUACGAUCUGCUGAAGAAAUUGUACGAUGAGUGCAAUUCCAAAUGCGGUGCCAGGGAAUCAAAUUGCCAUGAAAAGGCGUGCAUCAAGGGGUGUCCAACUACAACCAUACAAGAUCCGCCACGAUAUCACCAUCGCGACUGCAAAUCCAUUGUGAAAUGCAAUUCUACGCUGCCGACAUUGGCGAAGUACGGCUUCGUUUUCGGCGAUCCAGAGAGGCUGAGCGGGAGUGAACGACCGCAAACGAAACGCACGUGCAGAGAUUUCUGUGAUGUAUUUGCGGAGGCAUUUGAGAAGGACUCACAUCUUGUGCAGUUUUUCAAAGCCAUUGAUAAUUUCAUUUUCACCAUCCGCGCACCGUUCCUGUGGGUGACCGUCGCACUCUGGUCACUAUCCCUCUUCUACCUCAUCUGCGUAAUGGUUGGCAGACUGGAUGUGCUCCACAUCAAAUCACACCUGAGGGUACCGUCAUCGCACAAGAUAACUGCUCAAUCAUUGUUGGCUGCAGCGCAAGUCGGAAGGCUUGCCAAGAUAUCGUAUCUACAACCGUGA